AUGUACAGCAAUUUCAAAGAGCAAGCAAUGGAGUACGUGAAGCAAGCCAUACAGGAAGACAGUGCCGGAAACUACGCCAAGGCUUUUCCUCUUUACAUGAACGCUUUAGAGUAUUUCAAGGCUCAUCUCAAGUACGAGAAGGACCCUAAGAUCAAGGAAGCCAUUACUCAGAAGUUCCCCGAGUACCUCCGCCGCGCCGAGGAGAUCCACGCCGUGCUCUAUGACAGCGGCCCCGGCCCGGCCUCUAAGGGAGACGUAGUAGAAGUAAAAGUAAAAGAAGAACAAGAAGCUGGGCCUGGGUCUGGGCCCACUUCCGCAGAGCAGAUCAGAGCUGAAUCGUCAAGUGGAGCGAUUUGUGAGAGUCCAAACACGUACAGAAUUUUCAAAGAGCAAGCAAUAGAGUACGUGAAGCAAGCCGUACAGGAAGACAAUGCCGGAAACUACGCCAAGGCCUUUCCUCUGUACAUGAACGCCUUGGAGUACUUCAAGACUCAUCUCAAGUACGAGAAGAACCCUAAGAUCAAGGAAGCCAUUACUCAGAAGUUUUCCGAGUACCUCCGCCGCGCCGGGGAGAUCCGCAGCGUGCUUGAUGACUACUUCGGCCCUGGCCCGGCCACUAAGGGAGACGUAGUAGAAGAAGAACAAGAAGCUGGGCCUGGGCCCACUUCCGCAGAGCAGAUCAGAGCUGAAUUGGAGUCGUGGGCCAUUGUGAAAGAGAAGCCCAAAGUCAAGUGGAGCGACGUUGCCGGACUCGAUACUGCCAAGCAGGCCCUCCAGGAGGCCUUCAUUUUGCCCCUCAAGUUCCCUCAUUUCUUUAUCGGCAAGAGACAACCACGUUCAUGGAGAUCCUUUUUGUUGUAUGGGCCACCCGGAUGUGGAAUGUCUUACUUGGCCAAGGCUGUUGCAAACGAAGUUGAUUCUUCUACCUUUUUCAGUGUCUCUUCAUUGGACCUGGUUUCUAAGCCAAUGGAUGAAAGAGAAAAGCUAGUUUCAAACCUUUUCCAAAUGGCUCGUGAAAGUGCUCCUUCAAUCAUUUUUAUUGAUAAAAUAGAUUCUUUAUGUGGCCAACAUGAAGGAGGCAAUGAGAGUGAAGCUUCUAGACAUUUCAAAACAGAACUGCUUGCGCAGAUGCAGGGUGUAGGGCACAACGAUCAGAAAGUUCUCAUUCUUGCCGCGACGAAUACUCCUUAUGCUCUAGAUGAGGCCAUCCGACAGUGUUUUGACAAGCGUAUAUACAUUCCUCUACCAUAUGAUCAGGCCCGAAAGCACAUGUUCAGAGUGCAUUUAGAUGGUACUCCUCACAAUUUAGAAGAAAGUGAUAUUGAAAGCUUAGCUUUCUGGACAGAGGGCUUUUCAGGUUCAGAUAUUUCUGUUUGUUUUAAAGGUGCCAUGCUGGAACCUGUUCGUAAAACACGAGAUGCAACGUUCUUUGUGAAGAAUUCUAGUGAUAUUUGGGUUCCAUGUGGACCAGAGCAGCCAGGUGCUGUUCAAAUUACCAUGCUGGAGCUGGCAGCACAAGGACAUGCUUCAAAGAUCCUUCCACCCCCUAUUUCAAAUGAAGAUUUUAUGACGGUGCUUGCAAGACAGAGGCCUGCAGUGAGUAAAUCUGACCUUGAUGUCCAUGAGAGAUUCACGAAGGAGUUUGGAGAGGAAGGUUGAAUAAUUUGAUAAAAUUUUAUCACGUUGAUCCACACACUAGUUGUGAGAACAUCGGUGUGAUUUGUAUAUAUUUAUGUAUCAGUGCUGGGUCCAGUGAAUUGUAUCCUUUAUAUUAAGCUUCUUCACAUGGGGAAGGUGACUUGACUUCCCUGUUUCUGUAUUCCGAAGGAAAUACUGUGAUUUGAUACUUUUGGAAUUACUUGUCCCAAAUUGUGUAAAGAACAGUUUCAGAAUUAUGACCCUAGAAUCUAAACAUGAGGCAUAUGUGAUGCUGAUUGCCUUUGAUGUUUGGUCCUCUUG